AAAGGCCGCCAAACCUCAACUGGCCGUCAAGCAGAAAGCGCUUUUAGUAACUGUUCAGUAAAAAAGGAAAAAUUCUAAACUCAACCAAAAAAAAAAAAAAUAUAAAGCGACAGAGAGAAAAAAAAACCCUAGGAAAAAUUUAGAGAUCAUGGACAUGCAAAAUGAUUUCGAUAGAAUACUGUUCUUUGAACACGCUCGCAAAACUGCUGAGGCUACUUACGCUAAGAAUCCUCUCGAUGCAGAGAAUCUAACGAGAUGGGGAGGAGCUUUGCUGGAGUUAGCUCAGUUUCAGAAUGUUCCAGAUUCAAAAAAGAUGAUAUUAGAUGGAAUAACGAAGCUGGAGGAGGCAUUGUUGAUUCAACCAAAGAAACAUGAUACUCUUUGGUGCAUUGGAAAUGCUCAUACUUCUUUUGCAUUUUUAACCCCUGAUCUUGAUGAGGCAAAAGAGUUUUUUGAUAAAGCAACUGUCUACUUUCAGCAAGCUGUUGAGGAGGAUCCGGAGAAUGAACUCUAUAGGAAGUCACUAGAAGUGGCUGCUAAGGCUCCAGAGUUGCACAUGGAGAUUCAUAGGCAUGGUUUAGGUCAACAGGCAAUGGGGGCUGCUCCUGCUUCUGGGCCUUCUACUUCAUCAAGUGCUAAGACUUCAAAAAAGAAGAAAGACAGUGAUCUUAAGUAUGACAUAUUUGGAUGGGUAAUUUUAGCUGUUGGGAUUGUUGCUUGGAUUGGAUUUGCAAAAUCUCAGAUGCCUCCACCUCCUCCAAGAUAAGCAAAGAAUGCGGCUCACUUCUGAGAACUCAGAAGUGUCUGUCGGAGUUUUAAGAUGAACUUGCAGAGAACACUGAGAAGCACAUAUGGUGGUCUUUCAUCAUUAGUUGAUUUUUGACCUUUCUCUGUGUAAACUGAUAAAUAAGUAUUAGGGGUUAUAUUUGAUAUGAAAUAUUGAUUUUUGCCUGCAACACAGAUGAAUGAGCUGUUCUUUUUCAGUA